CAGACAGAUUGAGUGACUUGCCCCUGGACACCCAGCCCCGGGAACCCGAGAGACAAGCAGCCCUUCAUCCUGUGGUGCACCAGAGGUGAUGCAGCAGCCGCGAGCGGAGACGCAUGCCAUCGGGGCUGGUGAGGGGCCACAGCGUGCGGUGCCCUGGUCGGCCUGGGUCACGCGGGAGGGCUGGGUGCGCUGGUGCGUGUGCCAUGUGCCCCCAAGCUGGACAGAGUGGUGGACCACAUCAGGCUGGCGGCAACCGCUGCAGCGUGUGCUGUGGGGCCUGGAGGGGAUCCUCUACCUGCUGCUGGUGCUGAUGCUGUGCCACGCGCUCUUCACCACCGGCUCCCACCUGCUGAGCUCCUUGUGGCCCGUGGCAGCUGCAGCGUGGCUCCAUCUGCUGCCGGCUGUCCUGCUGCUGGUGCUCAGUGCCCUCCCCGCCCUGCUUUUCACCGCCUCCUUCCUGCUGCUUUUCUCCACACUGCUGAGCCUCGUGGGCCUCCUCACCUCCAUGUCUCACCCAAGCCAUGCUCAGGACUUGGACCAAUAGAAGGGCAACCCCA